AUGUCGUCCCCGUCACCAUCACCGUCGAGAUGCAGUACUCCAGCAGAUAAUACCAACAACAACGCUAUCCCCGACUCUGCCGACCAUGAACCAGACAUCCCACUCACCCUAGCCUCGUCCAUGAUCCUUACCUCUCUGCCUCGCGACGCAGCCACCGCGCUCUCUACUGCGGGUGACUUCCCUAAGCCCAAAGUAGCCGUACAUUUCAAAGCCGUGGGCAGUGCGCCGACGCUCAGGAAGCAGGUCUGCAGUAUCUCAAGCUCGCAGCGCUUUGAAGUCGUGGUUGCAUAUCUGAGGAGGGUGUUGAAAGUCGGCGAGAUGGAUAGCGUGUUUUUAUAUGUCAAUUCUAGUUUUGCCCCGGCACUGGAUGAGAUUGUGGGAAAUUUACAUAGGUGCUUCAAGGAUUCCAAGGAUCAACUCAUUGUCACGUAUUCAAUGACACCGGCAUUUGGAUGA